AUGGAGGAGAUAGAGGUCCCUUGCUGCUUCGUCUGCCCCAUCUCCCUGCAGAUCAUGAAGGACCCGGUGACCACCACCACCGGUGCCACAUACGACCGCCAAAGCAUCGAGCGGUGGCUCCUCGUUGACCGCCGCCGAACCUGCCCCGCCACCAACCAGCCCCUCCCCGCCCCCUCCGAGCUCACCACGAACCACACCCUCCGGCGACUCAUCCACGCCUGGCUCGCCACCGGCGAGAGCCACCGUCGGCGCCUCGUUGAGAGCCUCGCAGCCGCGAUAAUCGAGAGCUCCAGGGAGAACCAGGCGGACAUGGCCGAGCAGGCCCUGAGCAUCCUCCUCUCCCUCGUGGCCGAACCAGAGGAACUCAAACCUCUCGUGGAGUGCAAUAACCACGAACUCGUUCACUCUCUGGCGUGGUUUCUGUGUUCCAGAGUAACUACACAGGCGAUUAUCGCCAUGAGUAUCGUCUUCGAGCUGGGUGGCAGGAGCUGCGUGGAGAGGCUGAAGCCGGAGUUCUUCCCUCCGGUAGUCGGUUUCCUGCGCGCUCGGAGGUCACCGUCGGAGAUGAAGGCCGCGCUGAAGGUGCUGCUCGCCGCCGGCGAAUGCGGCGCCAACCGGGGGAUGAUGGUGGACGCCGGCGCCAUCGGCGAGCUAGUGGAGCUCGAGCUAGCCGCGCCGUCUUGCCGGAGGACGACGGAGCUGGUGCUAGCCGUGCUGGCGAAGCUCUGCAUGUGCGCCGAGGGGCGGGCGGAGCUGCUGCGGCAUCCGGCGGCGAUCGCCGUGGUGGGGAAGACGUUGCUGAGGGUGUCCCCGGCGGCGGACGACGAGGCGCUGAGGAUUUUGUAUCAAGUCUGCAAGUUCUCCGGGAGGAAGGAGGUGGCGGAGGAGAUGCUGAGGGUGGGAGCGGUGGCCAAGGUCUUUAUGGUGCUGCAAGCCGACUGCCCCCCCGCCGCCAAGAAGAAGGCCAAGUGGAUCCUCGGGUUGCACCCGGUGACGUGGAGCAGCUCGCCUUGUACAGCCGUCUACGCGUUGACCGGCUACACUCAAUUUUGA